ACAACAACAACAACAACAACAACACCAGCAACAACAACUGGCGCACGUUAAAUCAGGUUCGCCUUGGGCAAGGCAACAACACACACUCAGGUGUGCCACCGCUGCGGACCACGUCUUAUCGCUCUUCUCAGACUGCUGAACGCGUUUCACGCGCGGCGUUUGUUUCACCAGCUUCGGUCACAGUCCAACUCGACGCCAUGGAUCUGCUGGCCCUCCAGCACCUCUAUGACACGACGUGCGCACAAACGGAGCCGUCAGGACCACCGUCACCCAACAACAGGCCCGAGAUUCAUAACAACAGACACCAAAAUACCCCCACAUCCCACACAGAGAUUUCAGCGACACCGCCAAGGUCAAAGCGAAGGCGCCGCGCCUCUGCCUCCAACGCGCUGCUGCGGACCGGAGUGCCGCCAACGGUCGUGUCUUGCACGGUGACGGAAGUGCUGCUGGGGGACUGUGACAAUGUCGCGCAGAAGUCAGCCAACGUCACGCUACAACUGGAUUUCUCUCAAUUCAAAAAGGACGACGUGCCGUCAACAGCCAAGGAAGAAGAAGCGGCAGCAGGAGCGCUCGCGGCCCUCACUUCCAGCCCCAACAUACAGCAUGUCGUGUUUCUGGGGAACCCUCACAGCAACAAGCGUGGGCUUGCGUGGGUGCUUGAGCACGGGUCGUGGGCGCACGUGCCCUCGCUCCACAUUAAGGACGACACGCGCCGCAGCGAAUGCCUGCAGACAUACAACGCAUUUGAAUCCUUGCGUCGCCUCGAUCUCAGCCACAGCCGCAUCUUCGCCUUCUCGGGACCCCCCUCGACCCACUGCGCUGCCAAUGACCCACCAGCCUUUGCAGACACCCUUCGUUUCCUAAACAUCUCGCACAGCCACUUCAUCGCCUUGCCAAGCCACGCGCUGCAAGGUUUCACGGCCCUGCAAGAUCUUCACGUCUCUCACAACCUCCUCACAAGCGUGGGGGGUUCGCUGCAAACCGCCUUGCCUUCCUCGCUCGUCACACUCAAGCUGGACAACAACAUCAUUCGCCACAUCACUCAGGAUGCAUUCGACAACCUGUUGAGUCUGCGUGUGCUGAGCCUCGCUUCCAACGACAUCGAGAUACCUGACGGCUUAUUUGACAGGCUCACGGCUCUCACCCACCUCGAUCUCAGCUACAACCCGAUCGAGGACUUGCCAAAUGGCGUCUUUGAUACCCUCACGCUCCUGGAAGAGCUUCAGCUCACAGACACGCGCAUCCAAAAACUGCCGCCUCGCGUUUUUCACAACACACGCCGGCUGAAGCUCGUGCGGAUUCGCAACGCGCAGCUAAGCGUCCUCGACAGCGACCUGUUUCUAAACGCGAACCAGCUCACGGAAGUCGUCUUCACAAACAACGACCUCACCAGUCUGCCCGCCACUCUUUUCCAAAACCAUCCUGCGCUCUUCCGUCUCUUUCUCGACGAUAACCGCAUCAAAACAAUCGACGAGGCCCUGUUCCAGCACUGCCCUUCACUUCAACAUCUCCACCUAAGCAACAACCUGCUCACGACUCUACCUGAGCGUAUUUUCCAGAACAACACUGGCUUGAAUUUUCUCGUGCUCACGCGCAACAAACUGCACUCGCUCCCGCCAGGCCUGUUCCGCAACGUGCCAAUUGUUGCGCUUUCCAUCGCCCACAACGAGCUCAAGGAGUUCAACCACAAACUUCCGCACCUGAGUGACGUUGACCUGAGCUUCAACAAGCUCACCCAGCAGCCAGACAUGAGCCAUUUUCCCAGCCUGCGCGGACUUCUCAUGAACGGCCACACCAUCAAAGAUAUUGAUCUUGCGCCGUUUCUGAGCAACCCCAGCAUGUCUGUGCUCGAGCUGGAUGCGCUGUCUCAGGACGAGCAUCCAGGAACUUCGCGCGCACUCCUGCAUGAAGAAGAGGCCCUCAACACGAACCUUACAACGCUUGACACGCUAAGCUUGGAGAACGUCGAGCUGAGCCCAGAGGUCGUACCUGCUUUGAAAGAGGCGAAGAUGUCUCUAAGGCGCCUUGUGUUGGGCUGGCCGGGCAUGCACGAGAGCUCCGUUCCCUUGCAGGCGCUGUGCAACAUCCUUGGGGCAAACGUGCGCGAGUUUGGUCUUGUGCACACCGCCUACACCAACAUUACCACAUGCGAACGCAAGGACUACGAGCUGGUGUUUCUCCAAGACAACACGCACGUCACAUCCGUCACGGUGUUUGACGAUGUUGCGCAGCUGAAUGUGUCCGGUUGUACAGAGCUCACCACCCUACAUGCAUCUGUCGUGGACAUCCUGGACAUUAGCAAGACGCGCAUCAUUCCUUCCAGCGCGUUUUGUACGAUUUGGGGCCAACGCAUGGUGUUUGCACGUGACCUCGGUCUCGACAUCAAGCAGCUUACUGCUGCCCGUGUUGGAGGCUUGCUUCAACACUGCCUAAACCUCAUCGACGUCAUUGACCUAUCAGGAAAUAGGGCUUUGAACACGUACAACUUGCUGUCAGGAGCUGCCUCGCGCGUGACAUUGCUCACCGAGCAGGACAACUUGCGUCCCAUCGACCUGGUGUUCGACUUUCCCUCGCGCAAAACCAUCCCGCUUCUCAUCUUGGAAGAUCUGCCCAUUCAAUGCAACGUUCGUCUUACAACGGAGGACGUGCGGCCAUUUGAUGGCGAAAGCAUGAAUGUGGAUGACUUCAACAUCAAGCCCGGCUUCUUCCUCAAGUGUCAGUGUGCACGCGGGUUCCGGCCUCGCGGUGGUGUGUGCGUGGUGGACGACCGUGCCCUCAUCCGCAUUGCAGCCCUCAGUGCCGGCGGAUCCAUCCUCUUUGUCCUCGUCGUGCUCCUCAUUGUCUGGCGCGUGCGCAGGACGCUGCGGUACCAGGUGCUCCUGCAGCACGACAACGACGUGAAGCAGCUGCUCAUUGACGAGCGCGAGCAGGAAGUGCUUGCCCUGAAGAAGGUGUGGGAAGUGGAGUUUGACGAAUUGCAGCUGGUGAAGCGUGUCGCUGCGGGCGCGUUUGGCACCGUCUUCAUGGCAAAGUGGGACACCCUCACUGUCGCCGUCAAGGUGCUGCAGCAUCAGGCGCUUGAGUUUGACGAGACCACCCGCUUCGAGUUUGAAAAGGAGGUGGAGUUCCUCCAACGCACGCGCCACCCGAACGUGGUUCGUUUCUUCGGUGCUGGCACCAACCCGCACGGCAGCCCCUUCAUUGUGCUUGAGUAUGUGCCGCUCGGCUCUCUGCGCAACCUCCUCGCUGGCGAUCUUGGUGUUGUCCUCCUCCAGGUGCAGGCCGAACAGCAGCAGCAACAGCAGCGGCAGGAACAAGCAUCGGCCUCACAUGAACCAGACAUGGGCGUGGUGGACGCCAGCGAAGACAUGCUGCUUGUCACCACCGGUCUUCAGGCCCAGCGCGCCUCCAUUGCCGACCUGCUGACAGUGUGGGACCUCAAGCUGCGUCUUCUUCGUGAUGUGGCCGCCGGCAUUGCAUUCAUCCACUCCCUUGGACACGUGCACAGGGACAUCAAAAGCGGGAAUGUCCUGGUGUCAAGCACACUGCGCGCGAAGAUCACCGACUUUGGAUCUAUCCGCCAGUGUCUGACACGAGCCGACACGGACGCGCGUGCAACAGCCAUGUCGCCAUUGCACACCGCUGACACGGCGUUUGACAUGCAGUACUUGCAGGGCGUUGGAUCGGAAUCCAUGCACCUCUCACUCACGGCGGGUGUGGGCACGCCAAUGUACAUGGCGCCGGAGGUGCUGGGAGGCGAGACGUACGACGCGCAGGCGGAUGUGUUCAGCUUUGGCGUCCUCAUGUGGGAGGUGGCAACACAGUGUGACCCAGACCUCAUUGCACAGGAGCGACCCAACGGCUUCCGCGGGCCUCUACUGCACACCCUCCACGCUCUUCUCCAGGACGGCAAACGCCUCCAGUACACAGAGGGCUGCAGCGCACCCGGAUGGUUUCGGCGGCUGUCGGCUGCCUGCAUGCACUGGAAUCCGUCCUCCAGGCCAACAUUUCAAGAGCUGCGCGAUGUGAAGCUUCUACAAGAAACAGAAUGAAUGAACGAAUGUUUGCGCAUGCGCGGGUUGCAUGUGUGUGUAUGUGGUGUGCGUUGUGUGUGUUUGUGUGUGUGUGUGUGUGUGUGUGUGUGUGUGUGUGUGUGUGUGUGUG